UCGAGUGGCAAGGUAGGUGCCUGUUGCGUGUUUAAAGCUUCUUCUUGUAGUAAAAUAUCAAGGAAUCUUGUGAUGAGUGAAAACAAGCCAUGGAGGGAGUCUGUUCAAGAGAAAAUGCAGGAUCUUCUCGACUGUUUUCAAAAAAGGGAGGCAGAAUUAACUCGAUUGGCGGAGCAAUUGGAACAUCAACGAAAUGAGCUGGAGAAUGAGACAAUGAAGAGAAAGCGAGCAACGGACCAGGACAUAACAGAACAGUACAGACAGUUGGAUGACGAGAAACGCCGUUUUGAGACGGAGUUAAAGCGAAUGGCGGACACCAAAGAAUUCCAGUCGUCACGCAUCCAAUUGGAUAUCGGUGGACAUAAGUACACGACUUCUUUGAGCACUCUGAGGAAAGAUCCUGACUCAAUGUUGGCAGCAAUGUUUUCAGGACGCCAUCAACUCGUCAAUGAAAGUGAUGGUAGCUACUUCAUAGAUAGAGACGGCACCUAUUUUCGUUACAUAUUAAACUAUCUUAGGGAUGAUUUCCAAGUUGAUACAUUCCCUAAAGACGAAGUUACUUUGAAAGAGAUUCAAAAUGAAGGAAGAUAUUAUCAACUUCUUGGGCUUGUGGGUGCAAUAGAGGAAUUACUAAAUCCGCCUCCACCUGCACCAGAUUUUACUCAAGAAGAAAUAAAUGACAUGAUUGCUACUGUUUCUCGUCAAACUGACGGGCAACUAAUCUCGCCAUCCAUAAGUCCUGGCAGACAUAUAGACUUUAUUUUUCAUCACAUGACAAAAAGUAACAUUGAUUUCAGUGGCAAAAAUCUGUCAGGUCUCACCUUUGCACAUACAACAUUUGCUCACAAUGUUUCCUUUGUGAAUUCAAUGCUAGUAAAUACAUGUUUCUAUGGCUGUGAAUUUGCAAGCCAUGUUGUUGUUGAUUUUUCAGGUGCUGAUGUCUCUGGUGCAGAUUUUAGGCAAUGUAGAUGUGUACAGGGUGGCCCAAAUGCAUUUGGAGGGCAAAGUACAUCAAGCAUUCAAGGGGGAGGUGGAGGGGUUAUGUUUGGCUCCAGUUGCUCAAGUUUUAUUCAGUUGAUAAGAAUGAAUCAAGUGAAGUUUUUAGGUGCUAAACACAUUGGGACCAAGUUUGAUCCAACUAUUCUUGAUGUAAUUAAAUUUUAGGUGGAAAAUGGUCUUUUACAUUUAGUAAAAACACUUGUUUUUGG